AUGGCAAUGAACUGUAGAUAUUUCAAAAGUUUAUGGAAUUGGUUAGAUUUAAUUAUGAUAUUUACUGGUAUACUUGAUCUUGUAACAAAUGAGCUUAGUAGUGGAAAUGAUGAUUACCAAUUGCAAGGAUCAUCGAUAAGUACAAAAACAACAUCAGGACUAAGAGGAAAAGCAGUAAAAGAAAAUUUAGAAAAAAUAAACAGAUUUCUGAGAGUACUCAGAGUUCUGAAAGUUUUAAGAAGUUUUCGUGCACUAAGAGUUCUUAGAACAAUUAGAUUUAUCAAAGCUAUUCAUACAAUUGUCAAAACAUGCUCAAAAGCUGUACCAGCUAUGGCUUCUAUAGCGUUUAUCAUGAUUAUACUGACGUAUAUUGCAGCUUUAAUUGCUAGAAAUAUUUUUAGUGGUCCAUGUCCAGAAAAAUUCGGAAAUCUUGUGAAAACAUUUUUCUCGUUAUUCACAUUGCUGACACUCGAUGACUGGUAUAGUAUUUAUCAAACAUGCCAAGAACGUGAUUUAGCAUCAUUACAAUUGAUAUUUUGUCUUACAUAUAUUUUUUUUAUUAAUUUUGUUUUAUUAAAUUUAUUGAUGGCUGUGUUAGUAGAUAGUUUUCAACAGACAUUAGAAGAUACGGAUCAAAAAAAUGAAAGUAUGCAUCCUACAUUGACGAAUUUAUCAAAGAUCGCAGCAGAACAUCGUAACGGAGAACAUGAAGAUCGACUUAAAGAUAGUUGCUGUUCAAAUAUUGAUAAAAAAACCAUUAAUGAUAUGUAUAAAACAGAAGACUAUAAAUUUGAAGAUAUUUUAAGUGAGGGUGGCAAUGAAACGCAAGAUGUUUCUAUGCCAAAUGAUAGGAAUGUUGAUGAAAGAGAAAAUAAUUCAGGAAAUUUAACUACAAAUAUAGACUAUAGAAGACAAUUAAGUUUAUGGAAGAUACAAAACAUAAUGCAGAGAUAUUAUAUGUUACUCGAAAGUCUUGAAUUUAGAAUGGAACGUCAUGAACGGCUAGCAAAGACGGAAAAAGCAAUACGAACCAUACUGGAUCAUGCUCAAAACAGCGCCUUACGUCAUUUGGAACUUUUGAAAUCAUUCAGUAAUUUAUACAUAAAAAGUAGUCAAGAUGUGUUUCAUGAUGAAUUUCUUCGUUGUAUUGCCAUUGCACUUGUUAAUCCGCCAACAUCAAAAUGUACAAUAAACGUACUCAAUUUCAUAUCAUCAUUUUUAACGCUAGAAAUUCAAGGCAUGGAUGAAACAUCAUCAAGUGUUACAGGCGAUUUGUUUAAUCCAAUUUUACCACGUGUUAUCGAAUUUUUUGCCGAACAAAAAAAUAAUUUGCUUGAAAAUGUACGAGGCAACAUUUGUGUUCUUAUUUAUCAAACGUUAGAAAAAAUGGUCGAAGAUGCUGAAUUAGAUGAAAAGCUAUUCGAAUUAUUAGUAAAUGUUUGUCUUGAAUUAAUGAAUGAUAAAAAUGUUCGUGUUCGUUUACAAGCAGCUAAAUCAGCGGGAAGACUGCAGAACACAAGAGAUAUUGACGAUUUGAUAACAAAACGUCUCAUAUGGCUUAUGGAUCAUGAUAGUAGUGCAGCUGUUCGUAAAGAAGCAUUAGUCACAAUAGCUAUAACACGCACAAAUCUUCCACCUAUCAUGCGUCGUUUAACAGAUGUUGAUAAAAAUGUUCGUCUCGCUGCAUUCAGUGUAUUUUCAACAAAAAUUCAAUCAAUGAAAGUAUUAAAUUUAAAAGAUCGCUGUAAAAUAUUAGAAUUGGGUAUAGAUGAUGUUGAAGCUGAUGUUGUUCACGGAUUUGUGCAUGUUGUUGUUAAAACAUGGAUUGGUACAUUGGAAAAUAAAACAAUAUUAGGUCUAUUAAAAAUGAUUGAUGUCACGGCGCUAAGUGAACAGACGGGAAAAAUGUUAAAAAUGUUAUUCAAAGAAAAUUUAGAUAAAUAUCACGAAAGUUUUUGUCAGGAAUUAUUGAAUGAAAAAAAAUUGAUACCAAUCGACAAACUGGAUUGUGAAACUGCGUUCUAUUGGCAACAUUUGGCCAUGUUCUUAACGGAAGAAGUUAAACAGAAUCAAGACAAUGAUGAUAUUACUGAUAAAUUAGAUUCAAUAUUACCAGAGCUAAUUGAUUUAGUUGAUAUUAUUUAUGAAUUUAUUGCAUCUUACCAUAACGAUUCAUCGACAUAUGCUGUAGCAAAUGAAAUUAACUUUACAAUUAAUUGUCUAUUGAAUAUCAUGAUGUUGUGUAAAUUUGAAGAUCUUGUUGGAAGACAUGCAAUCGAAGGUUUAUGUCGAGAUUUAUUUUUUAUGGAAGAGAUUGCACCAUCUACAUAUAAAAAUGUAAUGAAAGUAUUUAAACUAGUUGAACCAAAAUUUCAGCAUCGUCUGCGUAAAACAAAUGAAAUGAUAGCUGAUAUUCAACAACGUUAUCAUAGACAGACAGAUGAUGUUCUACGUGAUAGAAAAAGUGUUCAAGAAUAUACCACACUUCAAGCACAUGCAUCCGCACUUCAUGAAUCAAUACAACGUGCCAAUGAUGAAAUAACGACAGAUAUUUGUGAAAUUGUUCGUUUACGUAAUGAUUUAAAUGAUGUUCGUAAUCGAAUUGAAUCAUUUGAUCGACAACAAAAUGAAAGUGGAGCAUCACAAAAUACAACAUCAAAUAUAAAUUUAUCAAAUGAUCGAUCAACUAACGAUUAUAAAAAUCAAGCAUUAAUGAAAUGUUUAACAAUUUUAAGUGAAUUUUUGGGCACAACAAUGCCCAAUAAAACAUUACCAACAGCAUUCAUUGAGUCAUCACGUGAUCUGGUGUUAUCAAGUAUAAUGACUUCACACGAUAUUACUGUUCGUCGAUGUGCUGUACGUGCACUUGGUUUAUUAUAUGCAUAUGAGAAAACUUUAAUUACAGGAAGCAUUCAGUUAUUACUUCAGGUAAUUGUAAAUGAUGCAUCUCAGGUUGCUAUCGAAGCACUACAUUCGUUAGGUAAUACAUUUAUUAUACAUAACGGAGUUGAAAUGAAAAAGAAUACAACUGAUGAAAAAUUUGCAAAAUUAAUUGAAGAAGGUUUUUGUACUAUUGGUGAUAUGAUUAAUAGUCGACUAUUACAAGUUCGUUUAACAGCAAUAGUAUUUAUGAUUAAAUUAUUUUUUAUUGGUCAAAUCAAUGAAAGUCAAUAUUUUGCUCAAUUAAUCGUUGCUUGGUACGAUCAAACUACAGAUGCAAAAACUGGCGGCAUGUUGACAACAUUCUUUCCAGCUUAUGCAGAUAAAUUUUGGCAAAGUGAUUCAUAUUUAUUUAAUGCACUUCAACCAUCAAUUGAUGGAUUAUUAAAUAAUGAAAGUACAAAAAACGAACCAAGUUAUAUUAAAGAUGUUAUUAAGUUAUUUUUACAAUUACAUCAAAUACGUGAAUGUUCCGUUAUAAAAAAUCUACGUGGAAUGCCACCCACCACACAGCCACAAUCCAUUCAUGUGAACGAGAACAAUGAAAAUAUUGAUGGAUCAGCUAAAACUGACCUUGAUAUAACGAUACAACAUCAUUUGAAUAAUACUGCAUCAGCACCGCCAGAUAUGCUUCUAAUUGAGAAACAAAAACAUGAUGCACGUUUAAAAUAUCAUUUUCAUGUGGCAAAAGUUAUUUUGGAAUGUUUAAAAACAGCUACAAAUGAUGAUUUAAUCAAAUCACUUGUAUUAGCAUUUGCUCAUAUAGAUAUAUCAACAAGUGAUUGUGUAGUGUUGAUAAAUCUAAGAAAAAAAUCGAGAAAAGUCAAUCAGGAUUUAAUUAUAAAUAAACGAAAAUCGAAUUUGAACGCUUUUAUUAAAAAGCUGAACAAUCGUAUCGAAUUUUUGCAAGGUGCAAAACAAGAUAAUGAUUCAACGUUAAAUGCAUCAUUAAAUGAGACGGUUGCUAAUUCAGCAGUACCUGCACUCUCAUCACCAAUAAUUGAUACGGUUUUUCGUGGUAUUGCCAAAAAGAAACGAUCAUCUUUUCCCGACAGUAUGAAAGAUUCUAUUUUAACAAAUACAACAAGACAAACCGAUAAUGAAGAUGAUCAAAUUGAAGAGAACGAUGAAAAUGAAAAUUUUGCAACACCAUUGGCCUCACCCCAAUCGGCAAGUUCGUCAUCAGAAGAAGAUGAUCAGGUGACUGCUGAUGGUAGUACGACUAAUAUUCGUUCAAAUAAACGUGCCCAUGCUACAUCGACCGAUUCAGUUCGAUCACUCGAUUUGCCAAAUGAUCGUCAAAUGACAUUAAGAUCAAGUGCAAGAAAACAAAAUACAUUUCUACCACCACCAUUAUCAAGUGUACCAUCAUUCAAACAACAACGAAAACGCCAUCGUUGUACGGAUGAUUCCACAGUGUGUACACCAGCAUCUGUUCGAAGUACAAGACAAAAUUCGUUUGCACGUCAAGGUUCAUUUACUGCACCAAAAACAAAUUCGAAUUGA